AUGAAAACCAUAAUUCUUCUUGGGCUACUGGGAGCCACAAUGUCAGCCCCACUUAUCCCACAGCACCUGAUGUCUGCAAGCAACAGCAAUGAGGUUAGUUUAAAUACAUACAACAAUCUUAAUAAUGCUCAACUCCAGCCCCUACAGCUUCAGGGACCAUUUAAUUCAUGGAUCCCUCCUUUCUCUGGGAUCCUGCAACAGUAGCAGCAAGCUCAAAUUCCAGGGCUCUCUCAGUUCUCUUUACCAGCUCUUGACCGGUUUGCUGGACUGUUCCCCAAUCAGGUACCUUUCCCAGGAUGGGUCAGUUUUGCCCAAGGAACCCAGGUGGGACAGCUGGACGCCUCACAGCCUCAAACACCACCGCAGACCCAGCAGGGCCCUAAUCACAUGCUUCAGUACUAUCCAGUCUACAUGCUCCUACCCUGGGAACAAUCUCAACAAAUAGCCACACGAUCACCUCCACAAACGGGACAGCAGCAAUUUGAGGAGCAGAUGCCAUUCUAUACUCAAUUUGGAUAUAUUCCAGUACAAGCAGAACCUGUUAUGCCGGUAGGACAGCACCAAUUAGCCUUAGAUCCCCUCCUAGGCACAGCUCUUGAAACUGCUGUGAUGCCAGCAGGAGGAGUGAUACCAUAUCUACAAAAAGAAGUGAUAAACUUUAAACAUGCCAGUGGAGGAAUUUUCAUUCCUUCAACUUCACAAAAAUCCAGUACUACAAAUUCUUUUGUUCCUGCUAUUGACCCAACUAUUACCCCAGAGUUGAUGGAAAAGAAGGCCAAGACUGAUUACUUAAAGGAACCGUAA